AUGGCUCCGAAAAAGAGAGCGGCCAAGUCAAAACCCGCCAAUUCCUCACCAAAGGAUGGCGUACCCCCUUCUCCUUUCAAGAGGCCCCCGGAAGUCCUGGAGCCCUUCAUCAGCUCCCUCUCGGAGAAGCAUGUCUACAUCACGCACGUCGACACCAAGCCCGCCGACCUGAAGCGCAAGAUAUUUAUGGUUCCUGUUGGCAUGAACAUCGUUGUCGUCUUGCUCUUUGUCUUGCGCAUGUACUGGAUCGUCCCCUGGUACUGGAAGCUCAUCAUGACGGGCCUUGGUCAUGACAAUGAGACAACCUUGAAUACGGCCGACUCGACGUGGUCCGAGAUUUCUUGGGAGAUUGGUAGACGCGCCUUUACCAUGAUGGUCGACUUUAUCCUCCUUAUAUUCGUCUGGCCCUGGCCUGUCGAGUUCGUCGCCGGACAGGCUCGUGGAAACCCUUGCCAGUGGAGAUGGCAGGUUGGCUUCCGCGCAAAGGAGAUAUACGUGCGCCGCAGCCGGGAGUGGGACCAGGCCAUCAAGGAUCUCUUUGCCGAUGAGGAUUCUCAAAAGAUCCUCUUUGCCUACAUCCAACAGGCGACAUCCCCCAUGCUCCAGGAGCAAAAGACUGGCUACCUCCUAAUGAACGGCCAGUGGGAUCUCGACUGGGCGCGCAUGAUCCUGGCUCACCGCAUGGUCGACAAGAAGGAAAUCGCCCUGGAUGCCUUCAGGAACGUUGUUCUGGUGCACCACCCCGAGUUCGGCUGGAUGUCCUACGAUCCGCGAGGUCCCACUGCCUCGAGCGAGGACGAGCGACGCCGCCAAGUCUUUGCAUUUAGGGAUGCGCUUAUGGAGCUUGGAAAGGAGGAUUUGUUCUAUCGCUGGAUUGAGAUUGUUCAAUACGAGGCGACGCAACCUGGAGGCUUUGGACCAGAGAAGCAGGAGGCUGCAGCCAAGAGGAUUCGAGAGCUAUUUGAGGCCCAGGGCAUUGACUUUGAUGAGCUGUGGAAGAAGAGCGUUGGACCAAUUCCAUCUUGA